GUGUGCGGACGCACGCUUUUCAGAGUGUGAAAUGGCUAUUGGGCCUGGCAGUAGUGGGUUGGGGCGUCACCCGAUUGUACCAGCGACGCACGCAGAGGCCCCUUCGGAAAAGUUAUAUUCCCGAAGACUAUCGCGCAGCAGGGGUCAUUUUCUAUACUCUGGACAGAGCGAAGCAGCUUUGCAAGCUGCUCUUGGCGGUUGAGGAGCGUCGCGUGUCCUUCAGGGAAUUAGGUGUGGGUUCCGGCUCGGGGCAAAAGAGAGUUCUACUCUUUCCACAAGGGAAGCGAGAACCUGAAGAUGAAGGCGACUAUUUGGCGACGGCUCGCCGCGAAUUCAUUGAGGAGACCGGAGAUCCCAGCAAUUUGGCGCGACACCUGAAAGGUGAACUAGGACGGACCUGGUACGUCGCCGCCAAGAUGGCGGUGGUCUUCUGCGAGGUGCCAUCCGAGGAAGCUACCAUGGACGCAUUCAAGGUGUCAGCUCCGGCGAAGCCGGCGCCCAAAGCGCGCAGGCAACAGGCCAGGAAGCAGGAGAAAGAAGCGCAUCAAAAGAAAGCACUGCCAUUGCAGCCUGUUUGGGUGGACGUAUCGGACUUGCGCAGUGCUAUGAAGCCAUCGGAUACAGGAGAGGUUAAGACUGAGAUCGGCCCGUUCUAUCUCUUCCCGGUCUCUCGGAAGUUCUUUCAGAUCGCGGAAGUGAGUCGAUGGCUAGGCGUUCCUCCGGUGCGACGGUGAAAUUUCUGCAGCGGUCUGCGCUGCGAACGCAGUGAAAA